AUGGUGAUGGCAACCGCCUUCGCAAACUUCGGCAACAAGUCGAUUUGCGAGCCUCUCGUCUCGGGCUCUGGCCCCAAAGUCUUCCCGGACACCCCCGAGGCUUUCCAGGCCUACCCUCUCUUCUCCGAUGCUGCAUCAUCGGCCGUCACUCCCCCUGGCUACGUCCAGUCUUACUCCAACCUCCUCACCACGUACGAUGAACCAUCACAGUUCGUCCACUACGUGACUAUGGACUCGUACGAUGCCGACCUGUGUGCUGCCGAGUGCGACAACGACGCCAAGUGCAAUGCUUUCACCAUCUUCUUCGAGCGCCAGCCCGCCAAUGCGCCUCACGGCACCCACUGCCCCAACCCUGAGUCUACGACUCACAUCAAGUGCGACUUGUGGUCAGGCACCAUCCUCCCCAACAUCGCCAUCAACGAGGGCCAGACCCGUGAGGGCUUCCAGGUCGUCAUGGCCGGCGCCAAUGCCUACGUCAAGGACGUUGUCACGCCCGAUGUCCCUGCAGGCUAUGCCCUUGAGGCGUACGCACUCGGUGCGGCCAUCGAAGCCCCUCUUGACUGCAACGGUGAGGACACCUACAUGGGCAUGAGGUACUGGCAAGACGGCAAAUUCGAUGCUCAGAGGUGCAUCACCGCUUGCGAGGAGACCAAUGAUGCUUCGGGCCGCCAGUGCCACUUUGUCAACACGUACAUGCAGCGUCGCAACAACGUCCCCGUCGUCCAGCACUGCGCCAUGUUCUCCAAGUACUGGCCCAUCGAAUUCGCUACCAACGUCGGCCAGCUACGUGGUAACGAUGAGAUUGACAUCUCCGAGACUGACUCUUACGGUAUCCGUCAUAUCGUCGACGACUUCGCCGCCUGCCUGCCCAUCGACAAGUCUGCCUCGGUCGCAUCCAGCACGCUGGCGACCAUGACUCGUGCCAAGAACGUGCUUGCAACGCCGUCUUCCUCCUCCUCCUUCGACUACCCCAUCAUCGCUCCCGAGACAUUCAGCGACUGGGACCCCGUCAUGGAGACUACCACGUACACUACUCCCACCGCCACUGCUUCUUCUUUCACCACGCCCAUCAUCGCCCCGGAGACCUUCUCAGACUGGGACCCCGAGUACGAGACGGCCACUUUCGAUAGGCGUCGCCAGUUCAGUCAUCGUCGCCAGCUUGUCAGGCCCACUGGCACAGAAUUCAUCACCGAUGUUCCUGAUUUCGCCUCGGCCUUCUCUGCUAUCCCUGCUAUCCCCACUAUCCAGUAG